UUUUUCUUUAUUUGCAAUGCGAGACUGAUCCCAAGUAGAAGCUAGAUAAAUUACUGUAACGAGCAGAGAGACCUUGCGCCGACGUUUGCGUAAUAAAUAAUGUACCUCGCGGUUGAACGGCCUGAUUCGCAUGAAAAGGAGCAAUAGUGAGAGAAAAUUGAAGGCUUGUAAAAAGGACUUUUAGACGACGUGUGUACUAUAUAUCGAUCGCCGAUUAAUCACAAUUAAAUGGAGGGAAUGCGCAUUGGACAGCCGGUCAGAGUAGGUGUCCAUCGUUGGAAAUAAGGAGCGGCUUGCGACACGCACACAUGCGUCACUAUCUUCCACUGCAUCGCAAUACCCGUUUGUUUCCUCCGAAAUUGACGUUUGACCCCCUUUUUCCGGGAAGGAAAUAAUAUUUAUUGUCGAGAUCCGGAUUGAUUCCGUUCGAUUAUUCGAGUAUAAGCGCCGCUCGUUCGUACGGUAUAUUGUCGCGUCUCGACGCAUUGGAAUAAGUACAGUUAUUAUUGCGGCUCGAGCACGUACACGUUAUUAUACUACAACUAAGCGCCUUAAUUUAAUCCUCGCAUCAUACUUUGUACACUAUAUAGAGCAGGUGUGUUUGCGCCGUCUAUCGAUCGCCGCACUUUAUUAAAUUACGAUCUCGGAACAUCAAAUUUUUGUGUGUCUAUACAACGAAGCAGCUUUUACGGCUUUUCUUGGCUCGAUCGCGCGUAACACUUUUUUUCUCUCUCUCUCUCGCUCUUCCCAUAAGUGAUCAAGUCUCUCGCGAUCGCGCGUAGAAGUGAAAGGUAAAUAAAGGCUCGCCGGUUUCUCGAAUUUCAACAUUCCCUACUGCACCGCGAGUUUUCCUCCUUUCGAGUCUAUAUACACAUACACAAUUGAACAGCCGAUUGAAUGUCAAAUCGGAGAGAGGCGAUAAUUGAACAGGCGACACAUUAAUAUAAAUGUUGUCACGGCUAUAAAAAACCUGACGCGUGACUGCAGUCGCGCGAUUUUCCUCAUUGUCAUCCGGGAUAGAUAGCUCAUUAUUAUUGACAAUAACAUGAACUACAGUUAUUGCGAUUUUUUUCCUCCUCUUUUCAUUUUUCAAGUGUGAUAUAUAAUCAUAGCUAUAGCUAUACAACGCGCCGUUAUUGCGAAUCGAGCGAUAACAACGAGAUCGUUAAAAAUAAUCGAUCCAGAGUCGUUCUUGAAACGACAAGUGCACGCAACAUCAAGCCUGCGCCCUGCGUACUUUGGAUCGUGAGCGUUUUUGAAAUUCUCCGGCGCGCGAUUGCAGCUCUUAAUAUAACCAGCGCGUGCGAUCGAUUGGUAAAAAAAUCGAUUGCGUGCAUAAUAUGUGCGCAGGAUUUAAAUGCUCGCGCUUAGCGUUGGCAAUCGAUGCGAUGGAAAAUCCUAUUUUUUAUACGCGACAAUGGCAAAGAGCCGAUUUUUUGCAACAUAACGGAAACGACGCGCGAAAGCCUACAACCGCCGAGGCGACUUGAGAGUAUACGGUAACCCGAGUCCUUGUUUUGCAUCUCUUCGCACGCACGUACAUAAUACCUACAUACGCGCAUCGAUCGGCCGCCAGCCUCGCGACUAUACUUACUUGCAUUAUUAUAUACAUGUACUUUAUUCGUGCGCUACAGUCACCGCGCCGCGAUAUCUCCCGUUACCAUCUCUCUCUUCUGCAUACAUUUUAAAAGUAAUAUAUAUAUAUAUACUCAUAACGUUCGCCCCCCGACGAUAAGCGCAUGCGUCCACCUCUAUUGUUAGCUAUUUAUUUAUUCUACGACGGCAGAGAGCGCAAAAAAGUUGCCUGUGCUUCCGGCAUAGGUGUCUACAUAUAUAUCAGAUCAGAGCGCCGCCCUCUGAGAAGGUUAGGCCACUUAGCAGACGAAUCGGCCAGUGCGCUGUAAGCUGCAAGUGUCAAAAACACACGGAGACGCCAGUGCGCGCGAAGAAAACAGAGCUUAGCGCGAGCAGCUUCGCUGACAAGUGCAGCUGAUCAACUGAAUAAGUGCGUACGUCCGGUUACAGUUGCAGAGGAGAAAAGUGUACUCGCUGAAGAGGCGGUGGCUAUGGUCUGGCUAAUCGAGUCGUCUCCGCGGCUCGCGGAGGACAACGUCGUCGCGACUUAACCUCGUCGGAAAGAGAAUUAGUUCAUUAUAUACAGAGCAGUAUCCGUCGCUGAGACAAUGGUGCGGGUGAUCCCGGUGCACAACUUCCUCGAGCAGAAUGUCUCGCAGACCGAGGAGCCGACCGCGAGCUGCAUCGCGAGCUGCCCCGACGGCAGCGAGCACCUUCUGCUGGCCCUGCCCAGCCACUGCGUGGAAGUGCGCGAGCUCUCCUCCCCGGAGUUGGCCCUAGUCACCGGCUUCCCGAGCGUCGACCUCGUCUCGCAGAUCGUGCACUGCGCCAAGGGCAACUACGUGGCCACCCUCGAGACCAAGCUGUCGCGCGACUCCAGUUUCGUGCGCGUCUACGUGAACUGGGCCAGCCAGGAACGCCAGCCCAUGCGCGCCAGGAUAGCCGGCCGCGUCACGCCCAGCCUUAAUCGACCUCAGAACAGCCUCGAGAUGAUAGAGCUGCCCCUCAACUCCAAACCCACUGCUAUAGCCUGCUGUCAGACUACGGGCAAUCUGCUGGUUGCUGCAGGCAACACACUGAUCUUGCACGAGUUCAAAAUCGAGACGCAGAACCCCUCCAAGCUCAAGUUCAUUGAUUUCGAAGCCAGGCCCUGGUCUCUGGGACUGCACUUCUCUCCCACGAGGCUGGACAUUGUGGAGGACUUUGUGUCUGUGAUGGACUCUUCUAGAUUUGUGGUAUUUCGUCUGACCAACCCUUUGUAUGAUGACAUUGAUCACCUAAGCUCUCUAACUUCCACGACAUCAUCCUCUAAUGAUAAGACCACUAUAUCUACUGACUUUUGUAGUUUGGAUACCAUUGAUAACUCCAUUAGCACUCAGGCAAGCAACGAGCUGAACCUCACUAAGCAGAAGAAUAAUUCCAACAAGAAAAGCAAUGUGGACAAGAACUCCAAUCCUCGCAGUUUUCUCAAUCUGUCAUUCAAGAAGAUCAAAAAGAGUGCUUGCAUAGACUGGGAUCGCUUGGGCAAUGAUGAGAAACUAGGAUUAGAAUCUCUGGCUAAUGAGGAUAUCAUCGAUCACAAUUGCCAGCCCUUUUCUAUCAAUCUACCUUCCAUUUGUUUGGAGAGGGCUGGACCAGGUCAUACACUCAAUCCCUUUGUACUGAACUCCGUGGAUACAGAAGUGUACAUCAAGACAUCUUCACCAGACAGCGGCUGGUCUGAGAACUACGUGGUAAAGAAUAUUCUGCGACUGAAAAUUGCCAGAGCCAAUGACUUUCCGCAAGCAGAUGGAAGUAACGAAUUAUUUACGAGUUUUGUACUGAAACCACUGUACCUAAAGACCAGCCACAACAACAAUGGAUUGAAGAAAUCAAUACUCAGGUCUGAGAGAUACAAACAUCUUAACGGAGUAACCUGCUUGAUUUGCACUACUCAGGAGGGUUACAUCUAUCACUUUGGUGUAGAGAGCAACGACAACAACAACCCCACGUGUCUCACCACUUAUCCAUUCACUGCUCCAGUUAUUCAUGUUGCAUUGGAGUACACUGUGUUGCAUGCCUUGACCGAGGCUGGGUUGGAGUCUUACACUUUGCGUUUGCCUCACUACGUUGCAAAAACCACUUCCCAGCUGCAAAACCUGAAAGCCGUCUGCCCUGAUGUUUCUGAACCUGUUUGUCUAAUAGGUCUCAGGCCGUUUUUGGGUGUACAGAAAUUGCUCAAUUCGGACAACAACAUUGUACUUUUGUCAAGGGCUGAAAACACCUGGACACUCUACUCGCUGAGACUACCUCGGCCAGAGAAUGUCUACUACGAUAUCGUGAAUGCUGCAAAGAACCAUAGAACCACGAGUCCAUCGACCUACCGGCACCUGCUGGAAGAAGCGCACACGAUGCUGCGCCUGGCGAAGGACAUAGCUGACCUGCACGGCAACGACAACGAAGUGCAGACAGGCGACCAGAAGCUCGAAAGUCUCUACGAUCAGUCCUGUGCCCUGCUCGCCGACUACUUCAUCAGAUCCGACAGCGAGUUGGAGCGUCGGCUUUGCAUACCCUACUACAAAAUGUCCGGACUCAAGCCCAGCGAGGUCCUUGCACGCAAGUCGACCCGCAAUGCACCAGGCUUGGUGAGCUACGUUACGGACGUGCUGCUGAACGUGAGAAGCGGUCCCGAGGCGGAUGCUCUAUUUCAGGGCCAGGACAUCGUCGAGAUCAUCAGCUGCGAAAGUCGCGAGGAACUACUUAAACUUGUUCUUAGUAGCGUCGUACUGCGCGAGUACGCCACCGAGAAGCUUAUCAAGCUCUUGGUGAACCAGCAGGCCGAAGAUGAUUGCGCCCAGCUUGCUCUCACCUUGCUGUAUAUUCAGGCGGAAAGACAGCUCCAGGCGGAGACUGCUCUGGAGCCUGUGUCGGAUAGGUUCUUGCUGAGGACCGUAGUGGAGUAUCCCCAUCUGCUGUUCGACGAGGAGGAUUUCGACUCGAGGAACAGGGCGAUUCUUUCUUUUUCGGAUUUCGCGGCCACGCUCAUCUGUCGAAAGAGCGCGGUCUUUGCAAGGAUUUUGACAGAGCUCGUCGAUGAAGAGGUGCUCACCCUGCAUCAAGUUAUGCAGGUUUUCUUGGAGUAUCUACCUUCGAGGGUCGGUCGAGACGGCCACGACGCAGCAGCGGCUCUGCAACAGUUUCUCGAAACCUAUUUGCACAGCUAUUUCUCCAAGCAUCAGGAGAUGAGCUACGAUUUCGCCCUGGUCGAAGCUUUCAAAAUCCUCGUGCGAUCAUACCUGGGCAAACUCAUGCAGUCCAAGAUCUACAAACGAGAUGAAAGUUUGACAAGCGGUGAAUGGCACGACGAGGAUGCUUAUCUAUUUGAGAGCCAGAGACCCAAGUAUCUGGAUAAAAUGCCGCCCUGCUCCAAGGACUUCCACAGAAUCAUGAACGCCGUGGACUUGGAUGAGUUUUCGCGACUAAACAAUGCGGAGAACGACAAGGCCGUACGCAUUGAGGUUCUCAAAUUGCAGUCACUCAUGGCAAGUGAUUUCCUUCCAGCUGAAUGCCUCCAAGAGGUUGAGCAGUUUUUAGACGCGGAAGAGGUGGAUGGUAGCUUGGCUUUUCGAACACUGUGCAAUCGCAAUACCGAGACCGUUACGCACAUGCUCAUGGACCAGUGUCCGCAGGCAGUUUUGCAAUAUGCUAAGGACAUGUAUACCAAAGAAACCGAGUGGAAAUUGUUAGUUGAUUUAUUGCAACAGAAAAUUUCAAAAAAUAAUUCUAGUCAAGAAUCGCGGCUCUUUUUUGAACAAACCAUGAUAGAAACGUUGAAAUACGCGGCUGAAGUUUUGCCUUUGAAAUCUUUACACUACAUUCUACCGAAAGACGACGAACAAGCAUUUCAGCACUACACGGAAAUUUGUAGUCAGAUCGUUCAUGCUGCACACGUCAAGUCUUUAUUGAUGGAAACAGGCCGUCAGCUAUUAUCAACAUUGAAUUUAUAAUACUUCUAUGAUAGAAGAAUUCUACGAAUUUAGAUAAAACUUUACUAGAAAUCUAUUGAGAGUAAUGUCACAUCACUACUAAAGCACAAUUUUUUUUGGAGGACACUGAUUUUUUUUAUGCAUAAACUUUACAACGAUUUCUACUAACUGUAUUUGCUUCGACUUUAUACUUGCAUAUGUCUUAUGUGUAAAUGGCAAAAAUCGCCCUCGAUUUCCAACAUAUCUUCUAAGUAUUAUGCUUCCAGUACAAUUUUGCUAAUUUUUAACUGCAAUGCUUCCAAAAGCACAAAUUUUGUAAUAACUAUUAUAAGGAUCGUUAUUUUUGUAUUAACUUUAAUCAUAAACUUCUAUUGCUGUAAUUAUUCUUUCAUCUUAACUUCUGUUAACAUAUCUUCAAUUAUGUCCUUCAAUCGGUCAUUGUUACUAUAAAGUAAUCACUUCAGAAGACAAAUAAUAAAUAAUAUAGACUAUAAAGUUACACCUCAGAAAGUGUCAUUAUCGAACAUCAAAGUAGAGAGUAUGGUAAUUUUAUUUGAAAUUCUAUGAGAUCAAAUUAGAAACCAAUGAGACUGUUAAAAGUGUUUGAUAUACUUUAUAAAAUUUUCUUAUAAAGUUGGUUGGAGAAAAAAUAUUAUGAAAUUUCAAUAUAAAAUCCAUAUCGUUUUAUUUAUUACCGUGAUACUUGUGUCUUGACAGAUAGUCAACAAUAAGAAAUGUACAUUUUAUGAUUAUUAAUGCAGAUUAUAUAAAAUAUCAUAUAUACAUAUAUAUAGGUAUUGUUGUUACUUUAGUCAAUUUUAUUAAAAAUAAAAAUAAUAUUAUA